CGAGCUGAAGAUGCGGCGGGGCUGGAAGAUGGCUCUGUCCGAGGGGCUGCGGUGCUGCCGCCGGGUACUUUCCUGGGUGCCAGUGCUCGUUAUCGUCCUCGUCGUGCUUUGGUCUUACUAUGCCUACGUCUUUGAGCUCUGCCUGGUCACUGUUUUGAGCCCAGCAGAAAAAGUUAUCUACCUCAUAUUCUACCAUGCCAUCUUUGUGUUCUUCACGUGGACCUACUGGAAGUCUAUUUUUACACUCCCACAACAGCCAAACCAGAAGUUUCACUUAUCCUAUACAGACAAGGAGCGUUAUGAAAAUGAAGAGAGACCUGAGGUCCAAAAGCAGAUGCUCGUUGAUAUUGCCAAGAAGCUACCUGUUUACACAAGAACCGGGAGUGGAGCUGUAAGAUUCUGUGACCGGUGCCAUUUGAUCAAGCCAGAUCGCUGCCAUCACUGCUCUGUCUGUGCUAUGUGUGUUUUAAAAAUGGACCAUCACUGCCCUUGGGUUAAUAAUUGCAUUGGAUUUUCCAACUAUAAAUUCUUCCUUCAGUUCUUAGGUUAUUCUGUUCUAUACUGCCUGUACAUUGCUACAACGGUCUUCAGCUAUUUCAUCAAAUAUUGGAGAGGGGAAUUGCCCAGUGUUCGCUCUAAGUUCCAUGUCCUUUUUCUCCUCUUUGUGGCCUGCAUGUUUUUUGUCAGCCUUGUGAUUCUCUUUGGUUACCAUUGUUGGCUUGUCAGCAGAAACAAAACCACCUUAGAGGCCUUCUGUACUCCAGUGUUUACAAGUGGUCCAAAGAAAAAUGGAUUCAACCUUGGCUUCAUCAAAAAUAUCCAGCAGGUGUUUGGAGACAACAAGAAGUUCUGGUUAAUACCUAUCGGGUCCAGCCCUGGUGAUGGACACUCGUUCCCUAUGAGGUCUAUGAAUGAAUCACAGAAUCCACUGCUAGCAAAUGAAGAUCCCUGGGAAGACAAUGAUGAUGACAGCCGAGAUUAUCCAGAAGGCUCAUCAUCUCUUGCAGUGGAAACAGAAACGUAGCAGUUUUCACAUUUCCUGCACCUCUGACAGGACCCUCUAUCUCCCAUGAAGCUUACAGAGUUCAGUGUUGGGAACUAUUCUAAUCUUCAAAAUAAGUCACCAUGGUGGAUUGAAAGCUUCAGGAUAUAAAAGCGUUUUAUCAAACACUUGCUGUGCAGAUAGAUGUUUCAGGAGUUUACAAGUCAUUUAAUUUACUGACUGACUUCAUCAAUCUGGUAGCAGUUAAUUCAAUCCAGUCUUCCUCUCUUUCUUUCUUCCUGUUCCCUCCCCCAAUCUGUGAAAGCGUAAAUGCA